AUGGACUGCAAGGUGUACGUGGGAGGACUUCCUAAUGACGCCACUUCGCAGGAAAUCGAAGACGCGUUCUAUCGUUUUGGCCGAAUUCGUAAAGUUUGGGUUGCUCGUCGUCCUCCAGGGUUUGCAUUCGUGGAAUUUGAGGAUAGCCGUGAUGCUGAGGACGCUGUGAAGGCGUUGGACGGAUCUAACGGGUACUUCACUGCUAUUACAGGAGAAUUUGCGGAGUUCGUGCUCGUGUCGAACUCUCACACGGUCGGGGCCGUGGAGGAGGUGGUGGUGGUUACGGUGGCCGCAGAAGCAGUUACCCAUACAGAUCGCGCUCUCCUCGUCGUGGACGCUCUCGAAGUCGUGAUCGAAGGAGCCGUUCUCGUUCCAGGAGCCCAAACUAUAGGAGCCGCUCUCCUCCAAAUGGAGACCGCCGUUCGCGCAGCAGAUCUCGUUCACCGUCUCCAUAAUAGCAAGCAGCGUGUGUUUGAAUUUAAAAUGGAUCGAGAAGACAUCGAUAAAGUAGCUGUGUCGACGGGAAUCAUAUUCUUGUCCGGCUUGGUUCUGUUCCAGUCGUGUCAUCGAGCGUCGACGAUCUAUUUUUUCGAGCUACAAACGACGGCGGUUAUAUUCAUUGAGCCACUAUCGGCUGUACUUCUGCCGUUCGCCCUAUCUGUACUAUUGUGGCUUGUUUACAAGGGAACGAAGAGGAGUACCUCAUUGGAAUUGGAGCGUAAGGCGAUAAUGGAUAAGAGAAAAGAGGUAGAGAACAUCUCGUUAGCGAAUUCACGCAAACCAUCGAGAAGCGGUAGUCGCAAAGUUUCACUGACUGAUGAGCAACAGUUUUUCCGUCUGAAUAGAUUACUAUCGGACAUUCAGGAACAGGAUACUAUCCAUAGUAUCCAGGACAAACCAAUUUAUCGUGAUUCACCGGAAGAAGAAACUAAGGAGACAGCGGAAGAAAGCGAUGAACUUCUUGAUAAAUUUCCAUACGAAGAAGAUCUAAAGCGAGGAGAUGUUUCGCCUCGUCCAACUCCACCACACAGUGUUGUCGCCUAUCCCGAAAACGUAAUUCUGGGUGUUAGCCGGAAAUCCUCUGCUGGAAGUGUCGGAGGUCGAAGAUAUGAAGGCGCUGACCCGAAUGAAGAUGAUAGUGAGCGUGAGAGGAAUGAGAUUUACAUGCAGAUUGGACAGACUAAUCUCUUCACAUACUCCUUAAGUGCUCUUAAUCUACUUCCGAAGAACCGACCAGGAUUACCGGAACUGAAGCUAAAUUUUUCCGACAUCAUCUCGGAGUUCUUUGCUGUGCAUUUGCCAGUGUGGGCCUGCGUUGCGGCUUUCUAUGUCGUACUUCUGGAGCUGUUCGGAGUUCAUUUUGCGUAUUACUUCUACUAUCAUGAGGAGACGAUGGUAUAUUCGGCAUUCUCGUUCUCCAUCAUGUUUGGACUGUUUCAUGAAUUUUGGGGAGGAUGGGUCUCAAAUGAUAUUUUGGCUUUCUCGUCGAUCUAUAUAGCAUGCUCGAGGAUUCAGGCUGUUAGCUAUCAAGCAGGACUAAUUUUACUGGUGGGAAUGGCUAUUUAUGACAUUUUUUGGCUCCAUGUCGUAGAUCUCAUUACUCUGAAAGAUUUUGUGAAUGUUGAAAAGCUCCCAAAAGUUAUCCCAGUCCCAGAUGUCGCCAUUGAAUGUUGGGAUUGGGAUUGAUGUAUUGAGAAGCUCAGCUUGAGCCUUGAAGCCAUAGAUCCGAGCAUGAAGGAGUACAAGGUAUUCGAAACUAUUGCCAAUGGUACUGUGACUCGCGAGUGUCGUGCACCAUUGAUGGUUGUGAUUCCCAGUGAUCACCGCGGUAAUAAACAAAGCUUAUCUGCUAUCAACAUUAUUGUACCGGGAAUAUUUUUGAAUGUGAUCCAAAAGUAUAGCUCGAUGUAUGACCCAGAAUUGUUCACCGCUACGUAUGCUGCGGUUUUCGGUGCUCUUACAGUUACUAUGAUAUUUUCAGUUUGGAGACAGAAAAUCACUCCUAUUUUGGUGCUUCCGGCGAUCAUGGCGGUUGUAGUCUCUAUGGGGCUAUGCACGCAUCGUAACGACUUGUGGCGGUUUAUGAUCAAGUACAAGAGGACAAUGCCUGCACGGCGCGUAUAG